CUAGAGACCCGUGGAUUCGAUAUUUAUUACUUGUGCCACUAUACUGCAGUCCCUUUCAUUGGUUACACUUGGCCAUUGUUAGGUGUUGUGUUUUAGAGAAUCAAGUUUUUGGCGCCGUUGCCGGGGACUUUCUAGAGUAUUAGGAAAGGCAGAAGUUUGUUACUUUAGCGUUUUUCUUUUCUUUUCCACCCUUGCUUUUCACUUGGGUGUUUUUGUUUUUGUUGGUGCAGAUCUGAAUCAUGGAUCCUCAUGGCUUCUCCAACCAUUGGGGGUAUCCACCACCAUCCGGGUGGUAUUACCCUGAGACUCCCUACAGCAAUCAAGGAGGAGAAGACUAUGGAUUCGGGUUCCAGUACCAACCCCCUUACUACGGAGAACAAUCAGACCCCUGGGCAUAUCAAGAACAACCUCAUUACCAAGAAGACUUUCUCCCACAACCAGAAGGGCCAUCGGAGCUGGAGUUACCCAUGGCGGCCUUCACGGGCCACUCUGCAGAGCCAUGCUAUACUUCACUGGAGGAUCCGAACGAACAACUAAGGCUUCUCGUGGAGCAGUUUGCUCGAGACACUGAGAAAUCAUGCUCCAAGAUGGAUCUUCAAAUCAAAGCCCUUGCCACUUCCGAUCCCUCAUUUCUCCAUGAUAUGGAGGAGACUGUUCAGCGCUCAGCGAAGCAAACAGAGUGGGUGAAGCAAGUUUGCUCACAUCUUGCUCAAGAUCACCUUUCUGCUACCACGCUAGAAGAGGUGGAGGAUGACAAAGGCUAUGGGAGCGUUGAGGAGCAUACAGAAGUUAUCACAGAGAACUCCCAUGAUAACCAUGAUCAGGAAAGUCCUUUGGUUUCAGACCACACCUUUCCUCAUUUAUGCUCUAACAUGUUGGGCCCGUGCGAGGAGAUGCAAGAUGAUCCCAUUGAAGAAAUUGCUUGGCGACUUGCUCUCCAAUCUGUUCUAGAAGAAGAAGAGCGAGCAAGGAUGAGGAAGGAAGUUGUGGAUGAUGAGGAAGAAAGAAAAGAAGAGGUGGUUCUAGAUCUUUUCCCAGGGGAGAGACCACAUUUUGAAGAAGGAAGGGGGGUUGAGGAAGCAAUUGGCGUCCAGGCUGAGGAUGAAGUUGAGGUGGAAGAGGCAUGCACCGGCCAUGAGUUGCAAGUAAUAUCCCCACCAAACUUUGAGGAACUGCUUGGCAAGGACCCAUUUGCAGUGUCUCUUUGCCAGACCAAGGCCACAUCGACAUUGGUCCCUCUUGGUGGACGCGAUGGUGGUCUGUCGAUGCUGUCAUAUCUGGUUUGGGGCAAUGAGACGAAAGAAGAGAAGAAGAGGUCUCGAGGCUGGAGACUUCAUCUGCAUCAAGUACAUGAGCCUUCAUCACCUGCCACACCACAUGCUCGUGACUUGAGACUCCACCUCAUCGACGAGAACCUCAACUUCAAGGAGGUUCUAGCAUGGACCGAAACUUAGGAGCCAUCGUCCGGCUCACGACGUGAAAGAAGCGCUUGUUGGGAGGCAACCCAACCAGUCGGUUUGCAUUUCUUUCUCUAUUUCUACUCGGUUGAGUCAGUUUUGUUAUUUGAUUUUAGAGUCAAUAACUCAACCUUUGUGAGAUUUUGUGUGGUGUUUGCGUUCUGAUUACUCUCUCUUCCUGGAAUGCACCGCCUGACCCGUCCAUCAUCAUUCACCCUUGAUCUGGUAACUUCGUUCUACCCUCCUUAUCUUUCGUCCAUUGAGGACAAUGUCGUGCUGAAGUGUGGGGGGAUGUUCGAUUAUGUAUGCGGGUGAAUGUUUGGCUGUUUGUGUGCUUGGAGCCUAGUCCACUGUCCAAAUUUUUAAAUUUGAGGGCUCCAAGUACGUGUUGCCUUGUAAAUUGCCUGCUCAGUAUGCUUUGAAUUGACAGUCUCUAUAGUAAUGUGCAACCUAGGGAGGUAGUGUAGCACUAUGGAGGAUGUUGAAGUAUAAGAUUUUUCCUAUGUAGCUCUCUGUUGUGCCAGUUGAUUUUGUGAAUUAGUGGAGCUAAGACCGUUGAAUUCAUGUGGUAAUGGUGACUCUGUUUGGAUUAUGUUAUGGACUCGUGUAUCGAACAGGGUGCUCAUAUGGAAAAUGGGAAGCAGUUGGUCCUCCAUGUCAAAAUCAUUAAAUCUUAAACAUGGGG